AUGUCUAAUUACUGUUGUGUAGAAACUGGCCGUAUCAAGAACAUGAUAGAUAUAAGAACCUUCGUAGAAUGUGCUUCACUGAUCCCUUUUAAAACAGCUGGCUGCAAAGUGUAUGCUCUUAGUAGGACUAAAUCCACAUUGGAUAGUUUAGUGGAAGAAUGUCUGGACAUUAUACCUAUUGUUGCUGACCUUUGUGACUGGGACGGGACGAGAGAAAAACUAGAACAGCUUGAAGUUUUGUAUAAGCUGGCAAAUAUUGCUGGUAUAGCAGGUCAUGGUCAUGACUACGCUGCUGUAAAUUGCCCUAAAGAAUACAUAAACCAUUUACUGGACAACAAUCUUCUGAGUGCAAUAAAUUGCUCGCAGGUUGUUGCUAAGAAAAUGAUUGAAGCUGGUGUGAAAGGAUCGAUCGUAAAUAGUUCAAGCAUUUCUGGCAUGUCUGGUUUCCCAAUGUGUCUUCCAUAUGCUGUUUCAAAAGCUGGUAUGGAUAUGGUUACAAAACAGUUCGCACUGGAACUAGGACCUCAUGAAAUCAGAGUGAACUCAGUGAAUCUCGGUCUUGUCAACACGCCAUUAGUACAGAGCCUUAUCGAAAAAGGGAAAUAUACAGUGGAUACCUUUACAUCCAGGUCGCCAAUUGGAAGAAUUUCGACAGUAGAAGAAAUUGUUGUCCCGAUUUUAUACCUCCUCAGUUCACAUUCAUCUAUGGUCACAAGUCAGAUGCAUGUUGUAGAUGGCGGUUGUCUGUCUAAUAUUACUGUCAAAGUGUAA